AUGACCCCAGACACUAUGAUCUCUAAUCAAGAAAAUUUGCCUUGGAUUGUACAAAAAUUUGGUGGAACUAGUAUAGGAAAAUUUUUAGACAGCAUUUCAGGCACGAUCGUGAGAUCUCACUUAGAUAAGUGUCAAGUUGCACUUGUUUGUUCUGCUAGGAGCGGCGAUACAAAAACAAAAGGAACAACUAAUAAGUUACUUAAGGCAGCUAAAGAUGUCUUAACGCCAGACUCAAAGGAAUUUCUUAGAAUAGUCGACGAAAUUGGACAAGAGCAUAUUAAUGCAGCGAGGGGUUUAAUAAAGAAUUCAAAGAUUCUUGAUGAGUUAGAAAAACAAAUACUACGAGAUUGCGCGAAGUUGAAAUGCUUUUUAGAAGCGGCACAGAUUAUUGAAGAGGUAUCUACACGUUCAAAAGAUAUCAUCGUUAGUGCUGGUGAAAAGUUGUCUUGUCGAAUUGUCACGUCAGCAUUAAGAGAUAGGGGAAUUAAUGCCGAAUUCAUAAAUCUUGAAUGUGUCGUCGAACAAGAGUACUAUGAAUUAUAUACAAACCACUUUGAUCAAAUGUUUUAUGACUAUUUGGCACGAAGAAUCGCGGAAACCGUUAAAAAAUGUGGUGAUCGUAUACCAGUUGUUACAGUGCCUGGCGGUCUUCUAACUAAUAUUGGGCGUGGUUACACAGAUUUGUGUGCUGCUCUUCUUGCAGUUGGGAUUGGUGCUAAGGAACUUCAAAUUUGGAAAGAAGUUGAUGGUAUUUUUACAGCAGAUCCCCGUAAGGUGAAAAAUGCACGACUUCUUCCCAUCAUUUCUCCGGAAGAAGCAUCUGAAUUAACUUAUUAUGGUUCAGAGGUUAUACAUCCAUUCACCAUGGAACAGGUUAUGCGCUAUAACAUCCCAAUUCGCAUAAAGAAUGUUAUGAAUCCAUUGGGUAAAGGGACAGUUAUUUUUCCUGACACCCUUAAAAAUGGAUAUUUAACACGCCUUAACAUUUCCGAGCUUCUACAUCAAAAUGGUUAUCAUCGAGACAUGUCGAGGAAACAUCCUACUGCAGUUACUAUUAAGAAUAAUAUUAUUGUUCUUAACAUUCAUUCUAAUAGAAAAACUAUUAGCCACGGAUUUUUCGCACAAAUAUUUGCAGCACUAGAUGAAUAUGGAAUUAUAGUUGAUUUGAUUUCAACAAGUGAAGUUCAUGUUUCCAUGGCCCUUGGCGCAGAAAUUGAAGAACGAGACUUGCAAAGAGCAUUGGAUGAUUUGAAAAAAUUAGGCGAG